UGGACUUAAUGUGGCUCUUCACCGUACCGGUGCUCAAGCUAGCGAUCAAGAUCGCUAUUGGUCUGAUCGCGAUCUUCCUGAGCAUACAGACACUCGAUUACCUUUCAAACACUUUACCCUCUACAGAACAUUGGUAGGUCCAAGUGUGUAUCUUACUACACACAAAGCUAUCAGACUCUCUACCGAGCAAAGAUAUUCCGUUGGUCUAUGCAAUCUAAGUCUCGGAACCCUCUUGAAAAAGAUGUGAGGAAGAAAAGAAAACCGUAUGUGCAUGACCAAAAGAAAAGGAAUGAAAUUCUUUGCCAAGGAUUUUCAAAAGAUAAGAUUCCUUCGGACCUAGACGCAAUCAUUGUUGGAUCUGGGAUAGGUGGGUUAACAACUGCUGCACUUCUUGCCAAGUCUGGUAAAAGAGUACUGGUUCUUGAACAGCAUGACCAGGCUGGAGGCUGCUGUCAUUCUUUUAUAGACAAGGGAUAUGAGUUUGAUGUUGGAAUUCAUUAUAUUGGUCAACUAAACUCUCCAACAAUUAAUAGAACUCUAUGUGAUCAAAUUACAGAAGGUCAGUUGGAGUGGGAGCCCUUGAAUCCGGACUACGAUGUUGUAUCUAUAGGGUUUGGCGAAGAGAACCGAAAAUAUUUGGUCAAAACUGAUCUUCAAGAGUGGAAAAAUUAUCUCAAGACUGAGUUUCCCGAGGAGCGUUCAGGGAUAGAGAAAUAUUUUGAACUGGUUUUAUCCUGUAACAAGUCGACUACUCUCAUGGGUAUACUCAAGUUAACCCCCCUAUGGCUGGUGAAGUUAGUACUGUGGACCGGGCUACUCAAGAGAUUUACAAAACUUUGGAGCAAGGUUUUCUUGACGAAGACGAUGGAUGUUGUGAAUGAGUUGACUACGAAUAAAGAUCUCCAGACCAUAUUUACCUACUGCUGGGGGGACUAUGGAACUCCGCCCUCAAGAUCUAACUUUAAUAUGCAGGCGAUGCUAAAUAGACAUUUUUCUGAAUGUGGGGCGAGCUACCCAAUAGGAGGAGCUUCAGAAAUCGCCUUCAGUAUUAUUCCUGUCAUAGAGAAAACAGGAGGGAGGGUUCUGGUAAGAGCUAAUGUUACAGAAAUUACAACCCGUGGAGAUAAAGUGUGCGGUGUGAAAGUGGAGAAAGGGGGAGAUAAAAUAGAGAUUCUUGCUCCAAUCAUCAUCUCUAGUGCAGGAGUAUACAACACUUUUCAGUCCCUUCUUCCUAAGGAGUUGAGUAGUAAAUCUUACUUCACGGAUAUUGCAAGAACUCUGAAGCCUGGUGUUGCCUCAAUGAGCAUAUUUAUUGGUCUAAACGUCAGUAACGACGAGAUUGAAUCUAAAAAGCAGAAUGUUUGGUCCUUCCCAGUCAACAAUACUGACCAGGCAGCUUUAGAUUAUUUUGAUCUGAGUGCUGAGGAAGCAAUGACAGCUGAAGUUCCACUUCUCUUCAUCUCCUUCCCUAGCACUAAGGAUCCUGAGUGGGCUAAUCACCCAGGCAGAUCAGACAAAUCCACCUUGGCCCUGGUAACCCUGGCUAACUGGGAAUGGUUCAAGGAUUGGAAAGACAAGGGUGUAAAGAAGAGGGGAGAUGCUUACAAGGAAUUGAAGGACUGUAUUGGGCAUCAGAUGGUUGAACAUACUCUUAAACUCUUUCCAGAGCUUAGGGAUAAAAUUGAUUAUGUUGAGAUAGGUAGUCCUGUGACAAAUAAUCAUUACCUGGCAGCACCACACGGAGAGAUCUAUGGGUUAGAUCAUUGCAGUGAACGCUUUGAUCCUCUCAUGAUCGCCAAACUAAGACCUGAGACAGAUAUCCCUGGUUUGUACCUGACAGGGCAGGAUAUUCUCAGCUGUGGGUUUACCGGCGCGCUAUUCAGUGGUAUUCUAACAGCACAGGCCUGUCUUGGAAGAAACGUGAUGGCUGAUUUGAUAAAUCUUCACAAGAAAAUCAACUCUGAUAAGAAGAAAGUUGAAUAAAAAAAACAAGAAAAUUAUCUCGGUGCUAUUUCUAGUUCUUUGUAAACCCUGUGCAUUUUUAAACAUAAAUAAUUGAUCCUAAUAUAUUUUCCAUAGCAUC